GCGCCUUGCGAUGUUGCUAUAGCUACAAAUCAAGCGUCUUUACCAAACCUCCACACUGGUUUGCGGAGUUAGAGUUCCACACUUGUUACACAGCCGUCAAAAUGAUUCCACCAAACGCUUCUCUCGUAAAAUAUGAUAACCCAGUGCUUGUAAGCAGAAACACAGACAAGAAAACUCCACGGGCGCGAGCACUGAAGGUGAGCCCUACCCCGCCUACAGGCACAGGGCCAGUGCCAAAUCCUCCUGCCAAACAGAAACUUGCUCCAGUAGAUGCCAAGGCUGCUCAGCAGACAGAUGAAAUUCUCAACAGUAUUCUUCCACCAAGAGAAUGGACGGAGAGUGGGCAGCUGUGGGUUCAACAAGUGUCGAGCACUCCCGCCACUCGCCUGGAUGUGGUCAACUUACAAGAAGAGCUGGACAGGCGACUUCAGCAGAGACAAGCCCGUGAGACUGGCAUCUGUCCAGUGAGGAGGGAACUCUACUCACAGUGUUUUGAUGAAUUGAUUCGUCAAGUAACCAUCAACUGUGCCGAGCGUGGUCUUCUGUUAUUGCGUGUGAGAGACGAGAUCCGCAUGACCAUUGCUGCAUAUCAGACUCUGUAUGAGAGUAGCGUAGCUUUUGGCAUGCGCAAGGCACUGCAGGCAGAACAAGGCAAAGCUGACAUGGAGAAAAAGAUUACAGACCUAGAGCAGGAGAAACGUGACCUUGAGCGUAACGUUAAUGAGCUGAAGGCCAAGUGUGAGCAGAUUGAAAAGCGAGCAGCUGAGCAGAGGCAAGUGGAAGAGAAGAAGCAUACGGAAGAAAUCCAGUUCCUCAAGAGGACUAACCAGCAGCUGAAGACUCAACUGGAAGGAAUCAUUGCCCCAAAGAAAUAGAGUCCCAAACAAAACAUUUUGUCUGCAUCCAAGUGUACAUAUUUAACUCUGAAAAUCUAUAUGGUAUAUAUAGCAAUAAUUGUAUGUUGUGUCCAGUGUAUAUGAAGGGAGGAUUCAACACAAGAAUACAACCCUUGUAAAUAUAUCGGUUACAUGUAGGUACUGUUGAUACUGCCUUGCACACUUAAACAGCUGUGAUAUCUGGGUUGACCAUGGUGGGAAGUGUUCCCUGGAACUAAGAAUCUGUAAAUUGUAAAUAAACAUUUCCUUCCUAUCACCUAUCUCUAAAUGUAAGAAAAUGAAUUUGCAUUUAUUUGUGAUGAUUAGCGUUUUUGAUUUCAUGCACUAAAUGACCUCUAUACAGAACAUGUUGACUUUAAUAUUUGUGGACUGAGUUAAUAUUUUCUGUCACUUUACAAACCUUUUGUUCUGAUGACAGUUUCCAUGUUCCAUCAAGCAUUAUUUACAGCAUUACAAUCCUUUUUAUCAAUUGUCUCCUUCUGAUUAUGUAAACGAGUUUGUGCUUGUUUUACAGACGUGGAAAAUUUAUCAUUCAAACUUUUUGUGGUCUUGUUUAUUGUAUCAGAGUGAAAUCAAUUCUAAAUUCAAUAACUGAAUUGUGUUACAAUAUCUGUGUUAAAAAUUGUCACUUGGUAGUUCUAAAGUUUCAUGGACAAUUUGUCAUAUCAUUUGUUAAAUGAAAAACAUCACUGAAUAAAGUUUAAUAACAUUA